AUGGUUUACCUCAUGCUUCAGCCCUAUAGACAGUCUACUCUUAAGAAGAGUGGGUUAGAAAAGCUUAAGCCGUGCUAUUAUGGGCCUUUCAGGAUUAUCAGGCCGGUAGGAGAGUUGGCUUAUGAGCUUGAGCUUCCAGCAGAUAGCAGGGUGCACAAUGUGUUCCAUGUGUCGCGCCUCAAGAAGGCAUUAGGACAGCAUGUUGUGCCUUCCACAGUGCUACCACCCUUGGAUGAUGAGGGGAAGUUGAUACUGGUGCCAGAGUCUAUUUUGGAUAGUAGGGAGAAACAGCUCCGCAGGAGAGUUAUCAGGGAGUAUUUGGUGAAGUGGAGAGAUCUUCUUGUUGAGGAUGCCACUUGGGAGACUGAAGCCAUUUUGCAGCAUCCUGCAUUGAGAUUGCUUGAGUCUAUUGCACUUGAUUUGUGCCUUGAACCUUUUGAUAAUUCAGAAACUUGUUGUGAGAAUAUAUUUAUGUCGAAUGAAGGUAUCCUUCUACCUAAGUCAAUGUCAAACAUUGACCGCCUAGCCAAAGGUACUGUUGACUAUAGAAUCAACAACAUGCAAAAGUUGGAUAAUCAAGUACAAGGACCUCUUGCUUUCAGGGAAUGUUUCAAGGUUGGGAGAGGAUCAAUUUACAGUCUAGAAGCCAAUACAAAGAUGGAAAUUGUUUUUGAAGCGGUGCUUGUUUUGGAAAUUGCUAAAGAUACAAACACAUCUUGCUCAACAGAAUCAACCAUAAAGGCAAAGAUGAAAACUUAUGCCCCAGAUUUGUCUAGAUCUAUUUUCGGUUUGAUCAUGUCGUCAAAUGACAUGAAUUUCAAAGAAGAAUGUACCCAUAUUGUUGGAGUAUCUCUAGAAGAUUUGUGUCAAGAAACAUUGUUGUCUUGCAUCAACAAAAAGAUUCUCGAUGUUAUCAAUAUUACUGACAGAAAUCCAACCAAAAGAACUGCAAAUACAGAUGUCCAACCUACAUGUGAGGAACCAUCCAAAGAAGAGUGUGAAGAUGAAGUUGACAAUGAAAAUAAACUGGAUGAAUAUACAAGCAUAUGGAACUUCUUGUUAGAUGAUGCUACUGUGUAG